AUGUCCCUACUUAACAAAGUAUUUGUCUAUUUUGGUCUGAGAUUUAGUCUUUACUGUACAUUUCAAACAAAGUCCAAGCUUUAUUUUAUUACGGAAUACUAUCCAGGUGGUGAUUUGAACUAUCAUAUUCAACAAACCACCCUUCCGGAGUCGCUCGUGGCCUUUUACACUGCAGAAGUGAUCGUAGCUCUUGACGCUCUGCACCAACAGAACUACAUUUAUCGUGACUUAAAGCCGGAAAACCUUUUGCUUGACGAUAAUGGGCACAUUCAUCUCAUUGAUUUUGGACUGUGCAAGAAAUACACUCCCAAACGACGAUGGAGUACGGGAGGCACGCCUGACUAUCUUCCUCCCGAAGUGUUAGAAAAGCAGCCAUUCUCCUUUGAAGCAGAUUGGUGGCAAUUAGGAAUCAUGGUGUGGUUUAUGCUGACUCAAAAAAUGCCAUUCGAUGCUCCCACGACGAGGGAAUUAUAUGAGAAUAUCAAACAGAAACUUUUGCAGAAGCCGAAUUCUAUGUCCAUUUCGAUAUCCUUGAUUAAAUGA